AUGACUGUGUGUGGUGGCGGCCAUUCUUCCAGCGGCGCCUCCUCAUCUGAAGGCAUGGUGAUUGAUCUUAGGAAGAUGCGGAAGGUCAAAGUUGACACAGAAGCCAUGACUGUUGAGUUCGAAGGUGGAUGUCUCUGGGAAGAUGUCGACAAUGCCCUCGAACGGCAUGGUUUGGCUACCGUGGGAGGCGUCGUCAACCACACAGGGGUCGGAGGGCUGACGCUAGGAGGUGGACAUGGCUAUCUCACCCCUCGUCACGGUCUAACUAUAGACAACUUGUUGGAAGCUGACGUUGUUCUCGCCGACGGCACGAUAGUCGAAGCAUCUGAGGACAAGGAUGCAAAUUUGUUCUGGGCCAUUCGUGGUGCGGGAGCACAGUUCGGAGUCGUCACUCGUUUUCUUUCUCGGGCCCAUCAACAAGUCAAAGUCUGGAGCGAUAAGAUUCGCGAAAUUGCGCAGGACGCAACUGCUUACGCCAACCGAGGAGACUACUACGAUGUCCUAACGUUAUUUGGCUGGGAGGAUCCAGAUCAUGAUGGCGAAGUACGCGAAUUUAAUCGGAGCAUUUGCAGAAAGGUCCGGGAGACGAAUGGGUAUCAGGCAGAUUCUGGUGGCCAUUGGAGCAAGGGGCCUGUUGGUGUGUAUAUCAACGUCGAAGCAGGGGGCAUAUCACCCAACGAUGCUUGGGGAGCCAACUUGCCACGUCUGAGGGAGUUGAAGAAGAAGUAUGACCCCCAGAAUGUGUUCAACAAAUGGCAUAGUAUUGCCGAGGAUGCAAGUUAG